AUGGAAGGUUUCGAUGUUAUGAUCUCCUGCAUGCUUGAUGAAUUUGUGAUGUUGUUUCAAGGGGCUAGACUUGACUGGUGUUCCAGGGUGCAGAUUGAGCUCUUUUUAGCAAUGAAAGAGUAUAUACCUCUUCCAGAGAACAGCUCAGUGGUGGCCUCUCUCGGAGUUACCACGUUCACACUGUGUGCCCUCUGCAUUGACCGUUUCCGUGCCGCCACCAACGUGCAGAUGUAUUAUGAGAUGAUCGAAAACUGCACCUCGACAACAGCCAAGCUGGCUGUCAUCUGGGUGGGUGCCCUGCUGCUGGCCCUGCCGGAGGUGGUGCUGCGCCAGCUGGCCAAGGAGGACCCCGAGUACAGUGGCAGCCCCCCAGGUGAGCGCUGCGUGGUGAAGAUAUCCACUGCACUGCCUGACACCAUCUACGUGUUAGCUCUCACCUACGAUGGAGCACGACUCUGGUGGUACUUCGGCUGCUAUUUUUGUUUGCCUACCCUCUUCACUAUUACCUGCUCCCUGGUGACAGCAAGGAAAAUCAGGAGAGCAGAAAAGGCUUGCACAAGGGGGAACAAGCGACAAAUUCAGCUGGAAAGUCAGAUGAACUGCACAGUGGUGGCUUUGACCAUUUUAUAUGGGUUUUGCAUCAUUCCUGAAAAUAUUUGCAACAUUGUGACUGCCUACAUGUCCACAGGGGUCUCUCGGCAGACAAUGGACCUCCUCCAUCUCAUUAGCCAGUUCCUUUUGUUCUUUAAGUCCUGUGUUACCCCAGUUCUGCUGUUCUGCCUCUGUAAACCUUUCAGCCGGGCCUUUAUGGAGUGUUGCUGUUGCUGCUGUGAUGAAUGCAUCCAGAAGUCUUCCACAGUGACAAGUGAUGACAAUGACAAUGAGUACACCACAGAACUGGAGCUCUCCCCUUUCAGUACCAUCCGUCGCGAAAUGUCCACUUUUGCCUCUGUGGGGACUCACUGUUAAUUGACCUUAGGACUUAAUUUCCUGUAUCUUUUUCCUUUUUCAUUUUUUACUUCAUAUUUUUCAUCUUGAAGCAAAAUGCAGGAAAAAAUUACUGUUGAAAACUACUCUUGAAACCAAUCUGUGUAUUAACAGUUGUGCUUUGGAAAAUAAUUUGUUUGGUUAUUAAAAGGAAAGAAAGAGAGAGAAGGAGAGUCAGCACUCAGUUUUGAAUCAUGGUAUUUUGUAUGGUGCUAGGAUUUCAUUGCUUGGGUAGGAGAAUCCAUAUCAAUACACUUUUAUUUAAUUCCAUAGUAUUUUUUUGAUAAUCACUGUAAAGUUACUAUAUAGACAUUGUGGGCUUUGCAAGGUGUUUCAUGUAAAAGAUGUGGUGGAAAGUAUUUGAAGGUAGUUUUAAUCCAAUUACUGUACACUAUUGUGAGAGGACUUGGACUUCAGAAAAUUUAUAAACUAGCAUAAAAAUAAAUGAGGUUUUAUUCUUUAACUUCAUUGUCAAUCUGCAUUUAACAAAGACAGCUAAAAGUAGUAUUAAAUUCCUUUAAUAACUAAAAAAAUAUUUGCAUAAAAUAAUUUAAAUGGCCAUAUUUAAUUAACAUUUGGGUACUUUACCCUUGGACGAUAUAAUUACAGUGUUUAAGGAAGAUGGUUAUAAUGGUAUUAGAUUUAUAUGAGUGGGUUAUUUUAAUGUUAUAUUAUGAAGGUUCAAUGUGCCUCAUUGAAAAUUUUCUUCUUAACCUGCAGAUAGACAGAAUCUGAGUUAUUUUAUACUUCUUACAAACAAACAUUCACUUUCUCACUGAAUUUUGUCUUGUGUGAUUUCAAAAUCAAGUUUCUUUCCAGUUUGUUAUUGGUUUUACAUUGAGAUUAUGUCCUCAGUCUCUGUAUAUAUAGCUCCAACUGGUUUCAGUGAGAGUCUCAUUGCAGGGGCAGGCAUUUUUUUGCCAGAGGUUUGCUGACAAUAAAUAUGAGGGACUGAAACAUGUGGAGAGUGAAUUCC